AGACUCUUUCUGUGGCACGACCCAGUUUGGUGGAUUAAAGUCUGUUUGUUCCAAAGGUCUUUCCCACUCAUCUCUUCCAACAUGGACCGCCUUUACGUGCUUUUCUUCACUGCAUAUUUGGUUGUUGUGAUUCACGGGUUUGGAGGAUUGCAUAUACUUAAAAUGCCCCCGCUGAUUCAAUCUGAAGAAGGAGCAGACACGACAGUGCAGUGUCAGGUGAAAGACACACAUUUCAAAAAGCCGGUUUCACCAUGUCAAGCUGGGGGCAGCUUGAGUUGGCUAUGGAAUGGUUCCACAAUAGCUUCGUGCAGGCCAGCAGAAGUCCUUGAAGGUUUCCGAUUUGAUGAUACCAGCGGUGAAUUGACAAUAUUGAACGUCCAGAGGUCUAUGAAUGGGACAAGGUUGACAUGUCGAGUAGUCGACGAAGACGCCGUGGAAACGCAAAUGUCGACGUCACUUGCCGUGAUCAGUGCAAAGUUCUCGAUUCUUGAAGUCCUGGAGGGAGACGAGGCCGUGAUUGAGUGCAGAGCUGCUGCUAAACAUAGCAAUGUUUGCACAUCUGAUGGACCUGAUGCUGAAUGGAGUGUGGGUGAUUCAGUAAUUGCUUCGUGUUCCCAUCAAGUCACAAACUUGUCAGGGACUAUUGACAAUCAGACAUGGGCCUUGGUAAUACCAAAUGUCCCCCUCUCGAUGAAUGGGACGACGUUCACCUGCAAAAUGUUUGGAUCUGGAAAUGACGAAAACACUGUUGAAGUAAUCGUGCGAAAGAGGAUUUUGGUCAUCGAGACAGGAUUAUCGGAGGAUGUUGGGGUCAGAUGGGGUGACACUACCCUGAAGUGUUUAGUAAACAGUGUUCCAAAAGCCUUUCCAAGACUCAAAUUUAAGUGGCUCCAUGACGGAAUUUCAUACGAUUCUUGCAAGACUUCCGGAGCUGAGGAUUCCCAAAAGUAUGAGUUUCAUCAUGACUGGAAGAGCUGCAAUCUCACCAUACGGCAUCUUGAUUUUGCCGAUGAGGGAAAUUACUCCUGUCAGGUCAGCGAGUCCUACAUCACACAGUCCAGCCAUAUCUUUUUGACCGUCAAUGUUGACCCCGACGCUGUAUACAUCUUGAACAGUUCAUCGAAGGACUUUCUGAGAGGCGAUGUGUUCAUCCCGACAGGCACCACUCACAACUUUACCUGCCUUGCCACUGAUACCAAACCACCUGCACAGAUCAUCUGGAGCUUUGAUGGAAAGGACACCAGUGAGACGACAAGUGUUAUUGGGGCGAACUUGUACAACACAAGCAGUGCGCUUGUCGUGUCGUCUAUUCAGAAAGGACAGCAUUUGAAUUUCACUUGUACGGCAAUAGGGCUAAAAAAGAAUGCGUCUUUCACGAUUCGCCUGAUUGGUCAACAAAGAGCAGGUAAGUUUUCUUCGAUUUUAUUCAGCGUUAGUUCUCCUUAUAAACAUGUACUUUCCUUUGCAAGUGUUGUGCCCUUUCUUGCAAAUUCUUGCACUAAGACGAUUCUCAUCGGGCAUUACCUGCCAUUCUGGCAGUUUUUGUUUGCCCGAUGCACAAAUGAAGUACAUUCUAACCCUAAUCUAAAUUGAAUAAAGUUGUACAGAUAAACAAAGAAAUUGACUGGAACAGAACUUGAGCCUGCGACAUCUGAAACGCCGUACCCGUGCUCUACUAACCGAGCUAUCCAGCUAUGUGAAAGGCUCUUCCCGUUUGCCAAUACCUCCGUUCGGAGGUGCUAGCCAGAAGCCAUUUAACCUGAAGCACCAUAUAGCCAGGGAUCACGCCCCAAUUACACGAUACAACAUGGAAAGUAGUGAAAAGAGAAGAUGCGGCUUUUUGAACAUAAAUCAUGAAACAAACUAUACAGCAAAACUAAGUAGGUACUUACCAACGAUUAGAAACAUGAACAAAGAAUUUAAUUGGAGCGGGAUUUGAACCUGCGACCUCCAGAACACUGUGCCGAUGCUCUACCAACUGAGCUAUCCAGCCCUUUGUUGGUGGCUCUUCCUAUAUUCAUUGACUGUAGUAAUUAAGUUUAUGAUUUCAACCAAAAUGAAUGCCAAUAGUAUGCGCAAAAUAACUAAAUAUGCUGCAGAUUAAGGCCUAUAAAUUAAUACGUUGACAAAAUACUCUGAGUUUACGCAAGCAGCAUACGUCCUUGUCAUUCACCAUUAUUUUAAAAACCGAUAUUUCAUGCAAGUAAGUGUUCAGUUAUAAAACGCACAGUGUACUUUAUUACUGGCAAGGUUGAAACCUUGCAUUUAGAUGGGGAAUCCGUCUUUAUUUCAUCAGGUGUUUAUUUAGAGAUUUUGUGUCUGUUUGGGUUUUUUUUUCUUCUUCGGAUCUAA